CCCGCCUGCCCACGCGGGGCGGCUCCGGGCGGCGGGUGACAGGGCCGGGCGGCGGCAGGAUGGGGCUGGAGCUGUACCUGGACUUGCUCUCGCAGCCCUGCCGCUCCAUCUACAUUUUCGCCCGCAGCAACAACAUCCCCUUCGAGUUCAAGCAGGUGGAGCUCUUCAAAGACUCGGUGCUGGGGAAGAAGCCGGCGGCGGGGAGCGGCGCGGAGCAGCCCCGCACAGGGCCACCAAACAGUGAAGGAGCUAGCAAAGUCAGCCUCUUGAAGAAAGUACCAGCACUAAAGGACGGAGACUUCACCCUAGCAGAAUGCACUGCCAUUCUGCUGUAUCUGAGUCGAAAGUACAAAACUCCCGACCACUGGUACCCAUCAGACAUACAAAAACGGGCCCAGGUAGAUGAAUACCUCUCAUGGCAUCAUGCUAACAUCCGGGCUAAUGCUCCUAAGACCAUGUGGAUCAAGGUGCUGAUUCCCCUCUUCACAGGGCAGCCACUGCCCUCCGAGAAGCUCCAGGAGGUUAUGGAGGGGCUGUCCGCUUCCCUGAAGCAAUUUGAGGAGAGGUUUCUGCAGGACAAGGCUUUUAUCAUAGGGAGCGAGAUCUCUCUGGCAGACCUUGUGGCCAUUGUGGAGCUGAUGCAACCUGUUGGAGUUGGUUGUGACAUCUUUGAAGACAGACCUAGGCUGAUGGAGUGGCGCAGGCGGGUGGAGGAUGCUGUGGGGAAGGAGCUUUUCUUCCAAGCCCAUGAGAUGAUCCUCAAUAUCAAAGAACUGAGCAACAUUCAAAUUGAUCCACAGCUUAAAGAGCAUCUGGCACCUAUGUUGAUGAAGAUGUUGAAAUGAAUUAACCUAUCUUACAUUUUUCCUGCCCUUUUUUUUUAAUUUCUUCUCUGACCUCCAGUUCUACAUGUAACUGGAAAGAGCACUGUAAUUCUAACACAGAAAUUGCAAAAUUGCAGGGUGUUUCCCCCCCGCCAGGCCUUUCCUGUAUCUUUGGGGGUGGUAGCUGGGGAAGGUUUAAGACCUGAAACAUUAAUUUUAUACAGAAGGCUGAGGCCCUUAACAUGUGCAUCUGGGUUUUAUUUCAGCGUCAGUCUUCUCAGAGAUGGUAGAGACACGAAUGGUAUUUCCUGACAAAAUUGGAGCCAGCCUACAAACUGGGAACAUUAAGAGAACUGUAUAGGAUGAGGAUCAUUGUUUUCAUGUGUUUUUAACAUUUGCAGCUCCUUUUCAAGUGACAAGCACUGCAAAACGUGCCUGAUCCUCAUUUUCCCAGGACAUGUCUGCAUAGACAAGUACAGCACAAAACUACAGGCAGUCUCAAAAGUGAAAAAAAGACACUGAAUUUUUAUUUUUUCUUUUAAAUUUCUUAUUGCUGAGGUAUCUUGCUGUCCAUGUACAUUCCACACUUCUUCUAUUUGCCUUUAGGUUCCUGUGAAAAGUUUCUUCAUAUUCAUCUACAACUGUGAAUCUUCGUUAAUUCUUUGGUCUAACCACUACUCUCAAUUUCUGAAAGCCUGGGUUUCGUUGGUGCUCGGUCUGCCAGUACACAUGUAGCAGGGGCUGUUCUUGGAGAUUCGUGCGGUAAAGACCAAGCAACUUCAAAAAGCUGAGGGUGGCCACAGCCUUCGAAUAACUGCCUACCUACUCUGUUGAUGUUAUAUAGGGAAUACACUGAAGGAAUGCAUUCACAGUGAUUUCUUGAAAGAGAAUAUAACAGCAAUCAAAUUGGUUUUUUUCUGCGAUAAUACUGUAAUAGCAAUCCACAUUUCUCCUAGAAAAUGCAGAGGGGGAAUAAAUCUAGAUGUGCUUUUCUGAGACUGUUUUGGAUGGAAGUUCACCAAGUAAGUCACCCUGUGCAGCUGAAGUAAUAAGAGAGAUUUUGUGCAUUGAGCAACAUAUGCAUCACAAUAAAAGGGCAGAGAGUUGUUUUGGAGCUUUUGGGCUCUUCCUUGGCUGUGUUUAUUUCUGGUUAGCUGUAGCUCAAAUACAACCCCCUUUUGUACUGCAGCACAAUUUAUGAGGUAAAACUGAGAGAAUCCAACCAUUUCUAGUUUCUUCAGUUGAAAACAGCAAAUUGUAACGGAUGCAGAAACUGGUGGGUUAUAUAUCUCUGCAUAUUGCCAUUCAUAAAUAGUUGUUGCCGUUGAACUUUACCCUGAAAUCCUUGCCCAAGAACUCUCCCUGGAAAGAAUAAGACAAAAUGAGUAAAUAAUUCAGGAAUAGCUUCUCUUGCUAAUCAAAUAGCUUCUUUUCUUUCCAGUACUACCAUAUCUUGGCUAAUGAUGUUUCUGCUGUUAAGUUCUCUAAAACCAGAUGUGUUCUGGUGAUGUUUUUCACUAAGGUUUCAGUUCUAGGUACUACUGAUUUAGUCCAGAGCCUAGGGAGAUCUUUAAAUUCCCUGUUUGGAAACAGGACUCUAUUAUAUACUUCAGCUUGCAUUAGCAGGAAAUUUUGUUUUGUAAUUAUGUUCUCUACAAAGACAAGAGACCUAACUGAAGGCCCUCUCUUCUCAUGAACCAAAAAUAUUACAAACAGGCACAUGUUUAUUCCCACCCUUCUUUUCUUCCUAAACAUUAGCUGAAUAGUAUGUUUUUACUGAUGUUUUAUUCACAACUAUUGUCUACAACUGAGUUAAAUUUUAAAUGGGAAGUGGUUGAUUCUUUUGAUAAUUUUGAGAGUGCAAUUGCUAAGUGGGUGAUGACACAUGCAAAUGUCUGCAGGAGGGAAAAAAGCUACCAUGAUUUUCCAAAGGCUGAGCAUGUUUGAGAGCACUUGCUGCUGUGCUGUCUUCUCUUGGUUGUAUGUUCAUCCCCCUACAAGCAUUUUAAUCGCCCUCUCCAAGACAGAAACAAUAAAACAAAUGUCUUUAGUUUAAGAACUCUGGGAGGCCAUGAACAAUCUGCCAUUCACAUGGUGAACGAUCAAGAGCGAAGGACAACGCAUAUCAUUAAAGAUGUUCGCAACA